ACUUAUGAAAUAGACGUGAGAAAAUUUACACUUGAAUGUUGCGAAAACCGUCUACAAAAGCAAAUAGUUUGCACCAUAACUGCGAAUAUAGGAUAAUAAAAAGAAACCCUUCAAAAAAUAGGAUUGUUGGAGGAGAGGGUCCAUAACAUAUAAGAGCCACACAUUACUACUUCAUAUUGCUUUAACAUUUGCUUUCAUUUGUUGUCUCCCUCAUUCAUUUAACAACACACACUUUCAUAUACCAACACCAAAAACAACAUUCAUGGAUGAACAGUGCAUCGUCCAGCCUCUCUUACCGGCAACCGCCGCCGCCGCCGCCUCCUCCAUUCCGGCCAUCCCUAACUACCCGCCUCUUAACAAUGACGAAGACGCCAAAGACACGAGCGCCCCAUCACCGGACUCGAGCAUCAUCUACCGCCUUUCGUCCAUCUUCUUUAUCGGGCUCCUCUCUGUGUGGGCGAACCUCAAAGCAUCAAAAGGUUUCAAGCUAACUGUUGCGAACGAUGCCACGCGCUCUCUGGCUGGCAAGCGCUUCACUCGAAUAUACAUCUCCGACGACAAAGCCACGCGUGAAGUCCUCCAUGCGAGCAACUUCGUCGAAAUUCUCUACAACUACAUCAGAAGCGACCAAACAACCAUAAAGAAAAAGCCUAUAAAGCACGUCAUUAUCCGGCUAGCUCGAUGGAACCUCACAAGGACGGUAACUGUCAAAGCCACAGGAGAUCACAAGUUUGUCAUGAAUCUGAGCCCUUCUCUAAUGGAGGCCAAAGAUGUGAAGUACGAAGUGGCCUUGGCAAUCCACCGUGGCAUGGCGCAGAUAUGGCUAUAUGAUGGCAGCUCUAAGGUUCCGCUGGCGCUUCUCAACGGCAUGGUAGAGUAUAUAAGCAUUUUAACAGGAUUUGGAGAAAAAGAUUACAAUGGAAGUGUUCAGGGAUUUCAAGAAUCUGUUCCAAAUUGCUAGGAAGACAAAAACCCAAUGGUUGUGGCACAUUUCUUGAACUACUGUGAGAGGGAGAGUGGAGGGUUCAUCGGACGGUGGAACGAAGCCCUGUAAGACGAGUGGCGUGAUUGGACGGUGGAUGAGGCUCUUGGGAUGCCAGCUCAGCGUCUGUGCAAUUCCUUCAAGAGAGGUCAAACAGCAGUUUAAAGUUUUACCCAAUUAAUACAAUUUCCAUAGCCGGUCUUCAUGACAUGGAAAAUUCGGC